GGACGCUGGAGGGCGCGCUAGAGCGGCGCGGCCCGGCCUGGGGUGGGCGAGCCGGCCAUGGAGGACGAGCAGAGCUUCUCAGAUAUUUGUGGCGGCCGCCUGGCCCUGCAGCGCCGCUUCUACUCCCCUUCCUGCCUGGAGUUCUGCCUCAGCUGCCCUCGGAUCACCUUGCGCUCGCUCACCGCUGUCACCUGCACCGUGUGGCUAGCGGCCUACGGACUCUUCACACUCUGCGAGAACACCAUGAUCCUCUCCGCUGCCAUCUUCAUCACUCUCUUAGGCCUGCUUGGUUACCUCCAUUUUGUGAAGAUUGAUCACGAGACUCUGUUAAUCAUUGAUUCCCUUGGCAUCCAGAUGACCUCGUCCUAUGCCUCAGGCAAAGAAAGCACCACCUUCAUUGAGAUGGGCCAGGUGAACGAUGUUGUCAUUAAUGAGGCUAUUUACAUGCAGAAGGUGAUUUACUACCUCUGCAUUUUAUUGAAGGAUCCAGUGGAACCACAUGGGAUAUCCCAAGUAGUACCUCUCUUCCAGAGUGCCAAGCCCCGGCUGGACUGCUUGAUUGAAGUGUACAGAAGCUGCCAGGAUAUCCUGGCACACCAGAAAGCCACAUCAACGAGCCCGGAGGGCGGAGACAAGAUCAUCUCUGCAUCCAACAGAAGGUCUCACUCGGGGAUGGGGGCAUAUUGGCAUCGUCAGGAAGACAAAAGUGAACAGGAUCAUGAUCCAGCUUCGAGGAUAGGACACUCUGUGUGAUUACAUACAAAGUUUUGUGCACACCAGAUACCCAGUGAAGAAAAGUUCCAUCUGCAAUUACUUUUAGCCACCUGGCCUUCCAGCAGGAGAAAUUAACUGGUGCCUGAGUAGUCAGAUCCCUCUGUGGCUGCACCAGGUCAGCAGAGAUGUAUUUGUUUAGGUUACACGUUGUUCUUUCAAACUUUUUUUAAAAUAAAAACAUUCUCAAGAGGAACAUCAUAUCAAGUCUGAACUCUGUUGUGGAUUAGUUGACCCUAUCUUUUUUUUCAAGGGUAGGAUUGGGAAAGAAGUCAAUAAAGGAAAGUUAAGGAUCGCCCAGAAAUAACCCUGGCCCGGAAGCCAUGAGUCACAACUGCUCUGGACCAGGGAAAGCUGGAGUAGGCAAGAAAUGGGUGGAAAGAUAGUGACCCCUAGUGGUUGCGGGUGGGCGCUGCAGACUGAACUGGCUCAAACAUGACCGAAUCCAGGAGAAACUUAGUUCCUGAGGGUGUGGUAACCGCUCCUUCGGCUGGAAACCACCCACACUUACCUGAGCAGCAAAGAGCUUAGCACCAAAGAGGGGCCAUUUCCGGGCCACUGUCAGGUAGAUGCGGAUGCACUCAGGAGAGGAGCAGCCUUGCAGUGCUGCCCACUUUGUGGUCAGCUGAUCUGCCAGGUGCCUGGUUUAGACGGAUGGAGAGAGAUGGUGCCAUGUUUCUGUUGCAGCUCUGAGGUUCUCCCCAACUCUGCAGCCCAUGCCUCCCUACAGUGACUCCCUGCAAGACCUUGCAGCCUACCUCAGCUGUUCCAGGGGGGCCCCGUGUCUGUAGCGCCUUGGGUAGAACCUGUCUAGGACCUGCUG